UCUGCGGGAAGAAAGUUGCAGCUCAGGAAACAGGAAGUGAGCUACAUUGUACCUGAAGUCACGCUGAAAGACAAACAUGAUCGACUGUGGUGGAGACACAGAGAGUUCGCCGUUGGAUUUGGGUGAAGGCGCUCGUGCUGUCCCUCUGGCAGGCCAUGUUGGCUUUGACAGCAUGCCUGACCAGCUGGUCAACAAGUCUGUCAACCACGGCUUCUGCUUCAACAUCCUCUGUGUUGGUGAGACGGGUCUGGGGAAGUCCACCCUGAUGGACACGCUGUUCAACACCAAGUUUGAGGGCGAGCCCACCCAGCACAACCAGCCAGGAGUCACGCUCAAGUCAAACACCUAUGAACUCCAGGAGAGUAACGUGCGCCUCAAACUCACAGUCGUCAACACUGUGGGCUUUGGAGACCAGAUCAAUAAAGAAGACAGCUACAAGUCCAUCGUGGAGUUCAUUGACGCCCAGUUUGAAGCAUAUCUACAGGAGGAGCUGAAAAUCAAGCGCACGCUACACAGCUACCACGACACCCGCAUCCACGCUUGCCUGUACUUCAUCGCCCCCACGGGACACUCGCUCAAAUCUCUGGACUUGGUGACCAUGAAGAAACUUGAUAGCAAGGUCAACAUUAUCCCAAUCAUCGCCAAGUCCGACGCCAUCUCCAAAAGCGAGCUGGCCAAAUUCAAAAUCAAAAUCACCAGCGAGCUGGUCAGCAACGGCGUGCAGAUCUAUCAGUUCCCCACUGAUGACGAGUCCGUGGCAGAAAUCAACUCCACCAUGAACAGCCAUUUGCCAUUUGCCGUGGUAGGAAGCACGGAGGAAGUGAAGAUUGGGAACAAGAUGGUCAAGGCCCGGCAGUACCCCUGGGGGACGGUGCAGGUGGAAAAUGAGAAUCACUGUGACUUCGUCAAAUUGCGAGAAAUGCUGAUCAGAGUGAACAUGGAGGACCUGCGAGAGCAAACUCACACACGUCAUUACGAGCUCUACCGCCGCUGCAAACUGGAGGAGAUGGGCUUUAAGGACACAGACCCGGACAGCAAGCCCUUCAGUCUUCAGGAAACUUAUGAAGCCAAGAGAAACGAGUUCAUGGGUGAGCUGCAGAAGAAAGAAGAAGAAAUGAGGCAAAUGUUUGUCCAAAGAGUCAAAGAGAAGGAGGCUGAGCUCAAAGAAGCAGAGAAAGAGCUGCACGAGAAGUUCGACCGUUUGAAGAAGCUCCACCAGGACGAGAAGAAGAAACUGGAGGACAAGAAGAAGUCCCUGGACGACGAGCUCAACAUGUUCAAACAGAAAAAGACUGCCGCAGAGCUCUUGCAGAACCAAGCCCAGCAGGCAGGGGGCUCCACCACACUCAAGAGGGACAAAGAGAGGAAAAACUGAUGAGACGCCGUGCCUGUUAGAAAAGGAAGAAGACACUUGCACUGAGAAGCAUAGGAUUCCUGUAGAAAAAGUGCUCCCUUGUGGCCAUCCUGCUGUGAAUGAGUUUCCACCCCAUCAUCCUUUACAGUACCCCCUUCCCCAUCCUCACCCUCACCCCAUAAUGCAACCCUCCACAUGCCCCCACUGCUCUCUGGAAGACGCUGGGCAUUGCUAUCAGUUUGACAUCACUUUUGUUUUGCUGAAUGAUGCUUGUCUAUUAAACGGUUUGUACAAGCAAUUAUUCAGUUUGUCUUUUUUUUUUUUUUUUACAAAAAAAAUGCAUUCCAUGUUUGUUUUUAUAUUUAGUGACUCUUUGCAUGAUGGAGUGAGCUUUUUUUUAUUAUUAACAGACAUGACUACCGUUGUGAUGGGCAGAAUUGUAUUGAAACAUAAAGUGAAACGUGCAUCAGACAGCGGGGCCUAAGUAUGUAUGCGUUCAAGCUGAUGUGACAGCAGUGUUACCAUGAGAUUCUAAACAUGUUACUGGUUCGGGGUUUAGCUUUAUUAGUUAUAGUUUAUUAGUUUAAAGUCAGAAUCAGUACGAUUUCAGUGCUGUUCAGUGUUUGCCAACAUCUGCAGCUGGUUGUGGCAAGUGCCGUUUAACACCACACACACACUUACACAAGUGUUGCAGCCAAGUCAACUCAUAUUGGCCUAUUUUCAUCAUGUCAUGUGCAAUCUCAAUCUGAAUUUAUUCUCAAAACGAACCCCUCAAUCAGAAAAACGCUUAAAAAAAAAAACUUUUAGUACUAAUUAUGUUGACGAUUACGUCGCACUUCUUGUGACUGCUGUUUGCCAGUUCACUGCUUUCGUUGCAGUAACUGAUGUGGCUGUAGGAGAGUGAACUGUAAACGGUGACGUUGAUAUCCAUGUGAUAAAAUCACAUUAAUGCUGGAUUACACACACACACGCAUCAUUUCCUGCUAAUCUCUUGUGCAUGUGAAAACACCUCAGGAAAGGCGGACCCUGCCACAGACAAUGAAAAUGAUAUAAUACAGUUAGAGAAUGACUAUUGCAGAAGAAAAGACAUAAAUUAAAUCAAAAGAGGGAUUAUUUCAUACAAUUCUUAACAAAUAGAACUUUGAGUAUUACCCCCGUCAUAUACACAGAAUUGAAUUAGAGAUUGAACACGUUUUGGUAUUUACGUCCCUUUGCUGAUGCUGUUUCAUUUUAGCCUGAUGCAUGAGUAGUUGUGAGCCUAAUCUCUUUGCCACUUCUCCCAUACCUCAUUCAUCGUCAUGUGUUAUGUGCAUACUUGUCUUAGCUUUCACAUUUGCACUUUUUUUUUUUUAUACACAAAUGUGAUGUUUUUGUUAAAAAUAUAUAUUAUGUCGUCAGUGCAAUUGUAACUUUCUUUUUUAUUUUACUUAUUAUGAAGGCACAUUUAAAAGUCAAUCAUCAUGAUGUCCGUUGUCCUGCAGGGACCAGUGCUGUUUGUAUCAGUGUUAACGCAUAAAAGAAAUACUAUAUUAAAAAGAAAAUAAAGGCCAAUUUUUCACCAAA